GCGGUUUCAGUCUCCGAAAGCGGGACAGUGCGCCAGCACCCUUCAUCCACUUGGCGGGAGUCGACACUUGGACCAUUGUUUUUUUUAAUUAUUCAUUUUUUUUUUUUUUUAAUCUUCGUGACAGAGGAGUGGAAGAAAAAGAGGAGCAAAGGGUUUGCGGGAUUUUUACGGGUGGUACGACUAGUGAGGAGUGAGACGACCCGAGUGUAGAUUUCGAGGAGCUUGCAGCGGCUGCACACUGUGGACGCAUUUUUCGCAAAAAUGGCGCAAUACGUGCGUAUGGUGUACGACGGGUAUCGGGACGUGAUGGACAACAAAAGCGAUCCCAGGGUGAACGACUGGUUUCUGAUGAGCAGUCCACUGCCGACUAUGGCGAUAUGUCUCUUCUAUGCUUACUUCUCCAAAGUCCUUGGGCCAAAACUCAUGGAGAACAGAAAGCCGUUCGAUCUCAGGAAGGUCAUGAUCUGGUACAACGCCUUCGAAGUCGUUUUCUCGUCGUGGCUCUUUUACGAGUGCCUGAUGUCCGGCUGGUACAACGAUUACUCGCUGAGCUGCCAGCCGGUCGACUACUCGCGCAGCCCCAAGGCCAUGCGAAUGGCCCGUGGGUGCUGGUGGUACUACUUCUCCAAGUUCGUCGAGUUUGCCGACACCAUCUUCUUCGUGCUGCGCAAGAAGAACGACCAUAUAUCCACGCUGCACGUGAUUCAUCACGGAAUAAUGCCGCUGUCCGUUUGGUUCGGCGUUAAAUUCACUCCCGGCGGCCACUCGACCUUCUUCGGGCUGCUCAACACCUUCGUCCACAUAGUCAUGUACACGUACUACCUGCUCGCCGCCCUGGGACCGAAAGUCCAGCCGUACCUCUGGUGGAAAAAGUACCUGACGGCCCUCCAGAUGACCCAGUUCGUCGCCGUGAUGAUCCACGCGUUCCAGCUCCUCUUCAUCGAUUGCAAUUACCCGAAGGCCUUCGUCUGGUGGAUCGGCAUGCACGCGGUGCUCUUCUACUUCCUGUUCCGCGACUUUUACAACCAGGCCUACAACAAGAAGAAGGAGAAGAGCCUCAGGCUCGAGGCCAAGGCCAAGGACGAGGACCGCCAGAAGAGGAGCAAAAACGGCUCCAUCUACCCGAGCCAGUACAAAAUGGCCACCGCCUACAUAUCCGACAGUGGGCUCAGGAAUCGGGUGUUCAUCGACAACCGAAGCGGCUACGAGGAGUGAACGCGCGUGUCUUGGUUUAUUCUACAUUUUUCCCUUAUUUUAUUUUUUUUUUUUCUACUCCAAGUACGUCAAUUCUUGAAAAUCACUUCUCACCCUCAAAAUAAUGGAUCAUCGCUCAGUGAAAGGACGUCCGUUUUCGGGACGAUUUUUUUUUUUAUCGCUGUUGUGCAGCGAUCGCUCGAUCAUGAUGAUGGAAAAAAGGGAGAGAAUAAAAUAAUCCUGGACUCUUGGUUUUAAUUCGGACUCACCUAGACGACUGUUGCUGUCGCGCUGCGAAUGUCGCUCCGGUUCGUGGCGCGAAUUAAUCGUGUGUACAUUUGCAGAGCCAGUGCGAGACAAGUGAAAAACUUGCGCGAAAAUUUGCGACGAGUAGCGUGUGAAAGACUUUUCUUUUUUUUUUUUUUUUUAAUUCAUUGAUUAUUAUUAUUAUGAUCGUUAUUAUAGAUUUUUUUUUUUUUCAUUUAGUUGAUGUGUAUCAUCGAAUAAUCAUAUUUGGGUGCGAGAGUCUUGAAGAGUUUGUGUGCACGCCUAUGCGAUAUGUGUGUGUUUGUAAUGUGACUGUGCGAAAGACGGUAAAUAAUAUAUAGAGAACGAAGAUACAUGAGUGUUACUUAAGGCUGUUUAGAAGGUCACAAUAAUGAUGUUCAAACAAAACAUUGGAUCAAUGUAAAUCGAAAUGUGUAAGAAACAAAGAUGGAUAGUUGAGACUUGACAAUUAUCUUUUUUUCUGAUUUUUUUAUUUAUUACGUGAGCUUUCAGGACUGAUGAACUCGUCAAACUACAGCUUUCUUUCACGACAGUUUGAACAAUAAAAUGUAAAAGGGUAAACCUUCUACUAGUCAUCGCAAACAUCAAUUUUCGCAUACAGUUUCUUCUUUCUUUUGCGCAAAGUAAUAGAGAACUUCGAAAUGGGUGUGAAAAUUUUUGCCCAAUCGACGAUUGUCGAUCGUUUAGCCCUUACUUUGUAAAUUACAAGCUCAAUAUUUGUCGGAAAAAAAAAAAAAAAAAAAAAAUACGCAAA